AACGCGGGGGCGGCUGGUGAUGGCACAUUCCACCUCGAGGACUGUGACCAUCCCAUCCUAAGCAAACAGACAUGGACUCCAAGAUUGUAGUAUUCAUCUGCAUGGUAGGCGUGGCUUGCGCGAGCGUCGUGGCUCCCGUCGCCGUAGCCCGCGUAGACCCACUCCCCCAAUACUCCUACGGGUACGACGUCCAGGACUCCCUCACCGGGGACUACAAGGGCCACCAGGAACACCGAAACGGGGACCUCGUCACCGGCUCCUACUCAGUCGUCGACCCCGACGGCACCAGGAGAAUCGUCGACUACACAGCUGAUCCUCUUAACGGCUUUAACGCGGUUGUACGCCGCGAGCCGCUCGUAGUCGCAGCCCCCGCGAGAGUUGUAGCUCCGGCCCCCGUCGUAGCUCCAGCCCCCAUUUUAGCAAGAGCACCAGCUCCGGUCUUCGCCCCCGCCCCGGCCCCCAUCUUCGCCCCCAGGCUACCAAACCCCUACUACUUUUAGAUGAAUUAUUACAAUUUUGUUGUUGAUAUGUUUACUCUUAGGACUUUUAUACUAUUGUUAUUUAUGUAAAUAAACGCUUUUGAUACUUUUA